GAGUAUGGCAGCUGAUAAUGCACGUUUUUGUGCUCAACUUUACUAUGUUCUAUAUUUUACAACACUUUUUGCAACUCUAUAAUCUAACUCUACGGCUCUGAAAAUUAUGAAGUUCUUCAUACUAGCAUUUCUUGUAUUGUGCUCACAAAUUGAUGCGGCCGACGAGUGUAAGGAUACCAGUGAUAAAUGCUCAGGGUGGGCUAAAAAUGGCUUCUGCACAAAUUGCUUCUACACUUGUGAGCAGCGAGAGCAGUAUUGCGCAAAAACUUGUGAAUACUGUGCUGGACAGAAGACUUGUGAAAAUUGUACGGUGACAACGACAACGCCACCACCAUCGGCUGUGACGAUCAAGUGCGAGGACUAUGGGGAUUUCUGCCACGCUUGGGCGAAGAAUGGAUUCUGCAACAACGACUGGUACAAAUGUUCGGAUCGCAUCAAGUACUGCCCAAAGACAUGCGGAUAUUGUUCCCCCGGAUCUUGCAAGGAUGGUAAUGCGGCGAAUCAAUUUUUAAGCCUCGAUGACUUGUAAUCCCUUGAAUUUUUGAUAUAAUGUGUAUUUAAACUCUAUGAUGAAUAAGACUAUUGUUAUCUAUA